AUGAUAUUCCUUGUCUUACACAUACUGCAUAGACACACCACAAAUGAUUUCUACUCUGAUAUAUUUUUCUAUUUUAUUAGACUAGAAGAUCUAUUUUACGCCCAAGGUGUGGAUCUUGUUUUACAAGCACACGAACACUCGUACGAGCGUCUUUGGCCGGUGUAUGAUUAUCAGGUGACAUCUAAGAGUUAUGUAGACCCAGAAGCACCCGUUCACGUGAUCUCCGGGGCUGCUGGGUGUGGGGAGAAUGUGGACUACAUGGGAGAACCUAAGCCUUGGUCUGCCUUUAGAGCUGACACGAGGAGUAGCCAUUCCUACGGACGGUUAAUGGUGGUCAACGAGACCCAUCUCCUGUUUGAGCAAGUAUCUGUCAACCUUAAUACAACUAUUGACAAAUUUUGGUUGACCCAGCACCAUCACGGUCCUAGGAUUAAGAACUGGGAGUGUAACGAGGGUUACAGCAAUCACCAUACCUGUAACUGUCCCCUGCCCUUUCAUUACAUCACUGUAGCCAUAUUUGCUGGAGUUUUCCUCAUCAUUAUUAUUGCCAUGAGUGUCUAUUUCUGUACUAAAUGUUGCCACUGUUGCCAAAUUAAAAGUUGUGCUGGCUCAAGUAAAUGCUGUAGGGGCUCAAAUAAAUGUUGUUACCAUACCAAGGGCUUUCAAUUGUUUCGUCAGGAUAAAUUAAAAUCUAAUGAUUCAACCGGUAGGCUUAUGUUGUUAUCUGAAGAAGAAGACGAAGAUUUUAUUAUAUGAAUAUUGAUAUUGUUAAUGUUAGUAUUUGUUUUGUGUUUUAACACUGUUUUUUGACAAGCACUUUGUGAUAAUCAUUUGCUCACAGACAUUCACAUAAACAUUAAAUUGAUAUGAAUUGAAGCUUGUAUGUAUAGGGGUAUUGAGCUUGUUUGUGAUGAAAUUGUUAAUUAUUUUAUGCUGUCAUUUCUGUAUUUUAGAAAUCUUAUAGAAAUCCUUUAGAAAUUUUAUAUAGUGGUGUAUAUGGAAAAUGGUACACUUCCAGAGCAUGACACCCCCUCAAAGUACAUUUGAUGAAUUAAUCUGUAGCUGUUAUUCAUUUGACGGGUCUCAUAUGAAAUGUACAAAACUAGAUAAGGUUCAAAUAUCCUUUUGUCUUUGGAAUAUUUGCACAUUUUUGUUUCUGUUCCCUGUAAGGUAUUGUAUCAUCUUCACUGCCAUUAGUAGCAACAGAAAUCAAUGACCUAUAUACUAACCCUGGUCCCUGAAGAAAUCUCUGCUUGAGAAAAUUCGAACAGUCUGUCCGUUUUUUUUAAUAGAAAAGAGCUACAGUUCUGCAGCUAUGCUGUUAGAAUCUUGUGCUUAAUACUAAUAGCCUUAAUGUAGUAUGGUAUAUUGUACCAUAUUAUUGCCUUCAGGUUAUAGAAAUGAUGAAAUAUAAUAUUUGGUGCCUUUGAUGGUAUGGAAUGUCAAUUCUAUUUUUUUUUUGAACCCAUUACUAGUAUAGAAUGUUCCACUUCUGCUUUUAGCCGGUUUUGAAAAAUUGGACUAUAUUUUUCUUUACCUUGGUUCAUAUGAAAUCAUUGGAAUAUUUUACUCUCAUUGCUCUUUGCAUAUAGAGAAUGUUAACUCUUUUCUUUUUUAGUUCAUAGUACUCAUAUUGAAUGAUUGUUAAAAUUGAAUAUAUUGUAUGAGUGUUUUAUAUUGCAUACAUAGUCCCAGCAUUAAUUUAGUUAGGUGAUCUAGUAUUUUGUCACUAGUUUACUGCUUUUUUUUUAAAAAAAAUGUUCAAUAUAAAUUGUACUUUGUUUUUUAAUUAAGAAAAUGUGAUUUAAGAAAACAAAUGCCAUAUUUUUUCCAGAAUGCCAAACUGUGAUGUACAAUGUAUAGUUAUGUAGCAACAACAGCCACCAUGGGCAAUUAAAUCUCUAAUGGAAAUAAUGUAUCCAUACCAAACAACGAAAAUGAAGGUUACAUACAUCGUGUUAGAAAGGGUUUUGUCUUCAUUAGCAGAAAAUUGUUCUCUAUGGCAGAAAAAAGUGUUAACGCGAAACGUGAGAGAGUAUAAUAUCCAGUCUUUAUUUACCUCGAGAAUAUAAUUAGAUAUUGACCUCUACUGACUGCACUUCAUAAAUAGUCUUGUUGUUCGUGAAUAGAGUUUAUUUUGAUAUACUAAUCUUUGUUAAGAUUCUGUCGAGAAUUUAUUUUGUUACUUUUAUAAUAAAACAAAUUGCCAAGACGUA